CUCUUUUUCGACGACGACUUGCUAAGAAAAGUUGUGUUUUUCGUACCUUUCGCCAAUUCACGUUUCGUGUCAAGAACCCAAGACUUAAACAUGCGUUACGUGGCUGCUUACCUUCUGGCUGUCCUCGGCGGCAAGGACUCGCCCGCCAACGGCGACCUGGAGAAGAUCCUCAGCUCCGUGGGCAUCGAGGUCGACGCCGAGCGUCUGACCAAGGUCAUCAAGGAGCUGGCCGGCAAGAGCAUCGAGGAGCUGAUCAAGGAGGGCCGCGAGAAGCUCUCCUCCAUGCCCGUGGGAGGUGGUGGCGCCGUGGCCGCCGCCGAGGCCCCCGCUGCCGCCGCCGGCGGCGACAAGAAGGAGGCCAAGAAGGAGGAGAAGAAGGAGGAGUCCGAGUCCGAGGACGACGACAUGGGCUUCGCUCUCUUCGAAUAAGCGGCUAGAUGGGCGAAUAUUCUGUGCAAAACACUUGCGAGGCGAAGGAGCAGCGUCUGGAGGACCGGCCAUCGUUUUCGCAUGGCCGCCGUCUACACUCAAUUGUCUAGCCAUCCGUUGACCAGUUCUACGAAAUAAAAAUCUGCAGUGUUUGCACUUUAUAUAAACCAA